AUGCUGACAUCCGACCAAUACGAAGUCAUUUCCACGCUGCGCUCCGAGAUGGCGGAGAAAGGUUUCAGUCGGUUCGGGUGUCGCCGAAGCUGGAUGAAGAACAUCACUCCUGCCGAGAGGAAGUUGUUCAUGAAGUAUAGGAAGAAAGGUGCACGCCGUGCUGCCAGCGGCGGCCUCUUUGGGGCAUUGGCGAUGGCUGGCGUGUGGAAGAUCGCAGCGCUGGGAACGGCGUUCGGUGUCACGGGGGUCAUCGUGGGCGGCCUGUUCGGAGCUUGGAUGGCGAUGCGCGCUAGUCGCAUUCGUAUCAAGAUGGUCAAGGAGAUGGUCAAACUGCCGACUGACGAAUCCCCUCAAGCGUGGUGA